AGAAGGGCGUUUUGUGGCUGAUGACUGAGUUACGGAGUAGCUGACGGGCAGCUGGCCACGGCGUUCAGGAUGGUCACAUAUAAUAAUGCAGUUUCCGGGAACUGCUUCUGACUGUUUCGACUUGUUCGACUGUCUCUAAUUCCUUCGUUCAUUUACCCAUCGCACAAUCCGCCCCAAACGCAGCGCUUCCACUCGGUUUCAACAUGCGUACUACUACAUUCGUUUUCGCCUUGCUCGCUGCUUUGGCCGCCGCCUCACCCGGCCGCAGGCCACAUCACCACCAGCCUCCUCCCCACCCGUGGGAAUCGGUUUGCACCGUCACAAAAUACACGUCGACCAAGACACACAGUGUCACUUCGACCGCGACGGCCACCGUUACUACGACUACUACGUCCACGACGCUGCCGACAAUCAGCAACUGCGUCGCUCCUGAAGUCAAAAUCAGCAAACGUGACAAGCCCAAGUACAAGCCGACAUCUCAUGGGUGCUGGGAGACCAUCACCAUAUCCCGCGUUUCCACGUUGACAACUACGGUCGCUUCUACCACAAUCACUACCACAGCUACCAGCACGGCAACAUCCGUCGCCGCCUUCGGCCCUUUCAGUAUCUACGACGCCAUUUCGGGAAACUCGUUCAGCGUGCAGAUAUCCAGCGCGGAUGGCGAAGAUGUAUUCGUCGCUCCACAGCUGCUGGCCGUAGACCCAAGCGAGUUUACGCUCGCGUUGGGAGCCAUCACCGUUUCCGCAGCAAUCUCCGGGGAAGGCAGCAUGCUCUAUGCCGAUCCAAGCUAUGCUGUGGACAGCGUCAACGCACCCCAGGAUACCGUGUUCGCCUUCGGAUUGGGCGAAGUGUCAUCCGGGGCGUCGCUGUUGUCGUGUUCUGUCUCCCAGAACGAGGAUGGCACGUGCCCGUUGACUUGCACGGGUAAUGGUGGCACCAAUUUCUACUACUGCUCAGCCACCAGCGAGCCAAUUGUGCAGAUCGGGGAUCUCACGGCCGACAGCGAGGGGGAGUGUAGCGGAUACGGCAGCGCUGUAACCGUUUCUGCGUACGCUGUGACGCCGGAUCUGGACUGCGCGACUUGUUAGUGGAGAUGGGGAAGGCCGGGCCGGACGGGAACUGUGAGUGGUUGUAAUCUGUAAUGCAGGGAGAAGGAGCUCUUGAGCGGCCAGCGAUCGGAUUCAAGUAGAGCCUCGGUCAAGGCAAUGCAAGUCUCGUCGGAUGGUUAGGGGCCGAAGACCUCAGCGCUUCCACUCGUUUUCACCAUGCGUAUUUAGAUGUAAAAGCCAAGACGA